UCAAAAGGAAGUCCAGGAUUCAGCUAGAAGCACAGAAAAAAAGUAGCUGAGGUUGCCAACUCUUCAAGAAGGACAACAAACGCUUUUGCUGGUCCCAAGAAACAGGGUCAAGGAUGCUCAGCUUCUGGACCCUGCUGCUGGCCCUGGCACUCCUGGUAGAGACGGGACAGUCCCAGAGCUACAAAUCAAUACCUACAGUAUUGAACUUGGCCAAAGGACGACGAGCUUACCAGUCCUCCGUAUAUCCACAUAAGAUCCUCGGAUCGGCAGACAAAGCUGUGGACGGGUUCUAUGCUGGGAACUUCCACCAGGGCUCCUGCACCCACACCGAUGGAGAGAAGGACCCCUGGUGGCUGGUGGAUUUGGAUUCCGAGUACGCCAUCGCAGCUGUGAUGGUGAAAAACCGCGACGACUGCUGUGGCGAAAGGCUCCUGGGAGCUGAGGUCCGUGUGGGGAACACCAUUGUUGACCACGGCAAAUCCAACACUCUGUGUGGGAUCAUCACAGACGUCACACAGGGCUCCGUCAGUAGCUUCAACUGCCACUGGCUCAGGGGCCGCUACAUGAGCAUCCACAUUCCUCGCCAUGGUUAUUUGACACUGUGCGAAGUGGAUGUCUAUGGAGCUGUAGCAGAAGAGAUGCAUUAGGAAUCACCAGCAGCCUCUGCGUUCGUGUGUUCAGGGUGUGUGGCUGUCAAAGACCAAGGAUGCGUCAAUCAACGCCAUAGUCCUCCUUGCAUCAAGCCCCCUUUCUCUACUUCUCCAGCAGCUUGUCCGGGCCCUGAGAACCAACAAGAGCUGUGCUUUCGCUCCUGCCACAAAGCGUAGACCAGGCAUAGGCAAACUCAGCCUUCCAUAUGUUUUGGGACUACAACUCCCAUCCUC